AUGCUUAUUGAAAACCAUUCAACUAAUUUAAUAGAUAUUCCUCCUCAACAAACAUCACAUCUAUCUUCAACUAACUCUGCAACAACUAAUUCUAUAAACUCUCAAUCAUCUCCAGUAUCAUCAAUAUCAAAUUCUAAUACCCCAGCACCAACACUUCCACCAAUAGUUAUAUGUCCAUCAGAAAUUGAUACAAUUUCAAUAACAUUAGAAAAAAAUCAACAAUGUGCUUGUAAAGAUUGUGGUAAACUUUUUAAUUCUGUUUGGUAUUUAAAACAACAUGCCGUAAAACAUAGUAAUGAUAGGCCAUUUAAAUGUAAAUUUUGUAUGAAAACAUAUAAAUUUAGAAGUAAUCUUUAUCAACAUAAAUGUCCUGAAAGAACUAAAGUUAUAGGGAAUACCGAGAAACGAUCUUAUUUAAGAGGACAAAAUUCAUUACAUAAUAGUAAUAAUAAAGGAAAUAAAGAAUUUAAUGGAAAUGAAAUGAUAUUAAAUCAAUCCCGUGAUUCAUCAAUAGUUUCUUCAGUUUCAAAUACUAUGAUUUCUGGAAUUUCUUCAAUGUAUGAGGGAAGUACACAAUCAAUUAAUUCAUAUGGUGGAAUGAUUGAUAUGAAUGGAAUAGGGCAAAAUAAUUUAACUUCAAGUAAUAAUAUGGUUAAUGAUAAUAUUUUAUAUCAAGAUCAAAUACCAUCAAAUCCAUAUAAUUCAUAUUCUGAAUAUUGUAAUAAUUCUAGUCAUCCUACAUUUGUUCAAAAUAUAGAUGGAACACAGGGAACACAUCAUAAUUCUGUAUCAUAUCAUAAUAAUGAUACAUAUUAUUAUAAUAAUCCACCAAAUAAUCAAAUGCCAAUUUCAUCAUUAUCUAAUCAUAAUGGUAUGGGAGUAACUUCAAAUUAUGUAAAUAUCUCACAGGGACAUUAUUUAACAAUGAAUGGAACAUACCAGAAUAUUCAUCAUUCUAAUAUUUAUUCUGGAUAUCCGAGUCAAAUUACCAAUCAAACUUAUGAAAAUUAUGGUGUAUUAUCUGACAUGAAUAGUUCAACAAACUUAACUAAUUAUUCUUAUAAUGUUGAGGAAAAUCAAAUAAAUUUUCGUAAACGUAAAAAUGAAGAGAGUACUGAUAAUUUAGAUCAUAAUUAUGUAAAUAAUUAUCUAAUUCGUCACAGAGAAGAGUUACAUAUUUGUGAAAAAUGUGAUAUACAGUUUCCGUCUAAAGAAUAUUUUAGUAGACAUAUGGCACAACAUGAAAAUGCUGCUGCUCUUUCUUAUCAAUGUGAAUUAUGUCCACAAAAAUUUGAAAAUGAAAAACAAUUACUUAGUCAUAGUGAAUUACAUUCUAAUGGAACUGUAUUUAAAUGUGAUACUUGUCAAUCUCCAUUUAGGUCUAAUUAUGCCUUAAGAAGACACAAAGAUCAAUGUAGAGAAUGUUAUAGACCACCAUUUGGAAUUCAACCUAAUGUUAUUGAAUCAUGUCAUAUUCCUGUUAAUCAAUAUUCUUUUGUUUGUUCAGAAGAUGAAAAUAAUAAGAUUAUGGAAAGAAAUAAUAGUAUUCAAAUAAAUAGAAAUGAUAAUAUUAUGUUAUCUAACUACACUACAACUAACCAAACAGAUUCUCGAGUAGGAAUAGAAAGUAUAGAAAAUUCUUUAAUUUCUUCUCCUACAAUAGUUAAUCAAUCUUUAGAUGAUAAUAAUUCAACAAAUAAUAGUAAAACAAAUAAAAAAUUUAAAAAUAUUAUAGUUGAAGAUGAGGAUUCAAAAAAUUCUAAUGAAAAAGAGGAAGAUGAUAGAGAUUCUGGUUUUCGAAGUAGAAUAAAUUCUGCUGCCAAUUCUUGCUCACCCAGUUCUAGUACUACUUCUAAUGGUUUUUCACCAAUAUCAAAAAAUAAUAGUAUGAUUUCCAAUAAUAAUGUAUAUUCAUCUAAUUUAAACAAUAAUAUGUAUAGUUCUUUAAAUGGAAUGAACCAAAGUAAUGGAAAUACUAUGCUUGAUUUGAGCCACCAAAAUAAUUAUCAAUUACCUGUGUAUACAAACGUCAAUGUUUCUUAUAAUGACGGUGAUCAAUGGAAUAUGGGAUUUGAAUUUAAAAAUAAUAAUUUUGAUUAUAUGGAAAUAUUUAAUAAUAAUGAAAAAGAACAAAUAAUAUUUGAUAACAACAUUAUAGAAAGUGGCUUAUUAACACAAACAAAAUUGAUAUUCCUUGCUCCAAAAAUUGGAAAAAAACUUAAAAGUCAUAAAGAAUCUUUAUUGAUAAAUAAUGAAUUAAUAAAAAAAUAUCCAAUUAUGGACAUUAAUUGUCUUUCUUGUGAUCAAGAUUAUAUCAAAAUGUCACUUUUCCCGUUAAUCUCAAAUAUUAUAAUAUCAUAUUUUGCUCACAUUUUACUGUCAUGCUUAUUUGAUAAAUGUACCGAGUUGGGAACAUUAAAAAAGAAAAAAUUAUUAGUAGAGAAUUUAUAUAAGCUAGCAUAUUUUAAAAAAUUAUAA